AUGAGCGCAAUAACCAAAACCAAACGCUGGGUGCUUCGUGAGAAGCCAUAUGGCGAACCCGUGCUAGGCGGAGAUAAACCCACAUUUACUUUAGAAACCGCCGACAUCCCAGCGCUCAAGGAAGGUGAAGUACUGUUAAAGACACUGUAUCUGAGCAACGACCCGGCACAACGAUCAUGGAUCUCGCCGCUAGCUGAAGCUGAGCGUUUGUACUUACCCCCGGUGCAGGUAGGCGAGACAAUGAAAUCCAUGGGCAUUGCGCGUGUUGUGGAAUCCCGCAGCCCCGAUCUAGCGGUUGGCGCUCUGGUGACGGGCGGCCCUGGAUGGACCGAGUACUCAGUUCAUGAUUCCAAGAAUGUCUCUUUACUCGAUCCCCAACCUGGUCUGUCAGACACGCAUUUUCUGGGCGCACUUGGAUUGCCGGGGUUCACGGCUUACUAUGCCCUGACGCAAAUUGUUAAGGCGAAGAGCAAGGAUGCUAUUGUUGUUAGUGGGGCUGCUGGCGCUGUGGGGAAUAUGGUUGUUCAGAUUGCUAAGAAGAUGAUUGGUUGCCGGAAGGUGAUCGGAAUUGCUGGAACAGAUGAAAAAUGCAGAUGGGUAGAGAAGCUUGGUGCGGAUAUUUGUUUGAACUACAAAUCACCAUCUUUCAAACAAAGCCUUACCCAGGCGACGGAAGGCUUCGUCGAGAUCUAUUUUGAUAACGUUGGCGGUGAAAUUCUUGACUUCAUGUUGUCCAGACUGGCCAAGUUUGGGCGCGUUGCCGCUAGUGGCACCAUUUCCAACUACAACCGCGACUCAGAUAUCACAGGCUUGAAAAACUUCUAUCAAGUCAUUACAAUGCGCCUACAAAUCCUCGGCUUCAUCAACAUCGACUGGAUUGACCAUCUUCCAGAGGUCCGGGCUUUGCUUGUUGAUGAAUGGAAGAAAGGGAAUCUCAUUAUUGGGGAUGAAAGUGAAAUGGUCAUUGACACCGAUUUUGAAGAUAUUCCUCGAACAUGGAUGAUGCUAUACUCCGGAGGCAACACGGGCAAGCUAGUUACGAAGCUGAAAGAGUAG